AUGGGACUGAGCUCUACCAACGAUGAUGAGCAUCAAGAACUCGAUAAUGCAAUUGGAAUUAUUUCGCCGUCUCGACUUCCCCCGACUUCGUCAGAGAUCAGUAACGCUGGAUCUACACUGGAGAACAACGAUGAAGAGCCCAUCGACAACAGAGAAAAGAACACCUUAUCAUCGAUAAAAGAAGCAUCGACGAUACCUCUACCAGUGGAUGAGACUGUCAAUGAAGAUCCCAACUUACAGGAGGAAGCACCAGAACUAUCGAAAGCUCGACAGAUAGCCAUCGCGGUGACUCUGAUGGGAUUAAGCGUCAUGACUGUAUCUGGUGUCCAGGUUUUGAAUAUCGGUUUACCGACUAUACAGAAAGAUUUGGGUAUGAAAGAUACGGAUCUUCAGUGGAUAUCAAGUGCUUACUCAUUGACGAAUGGAUGCCUUUUACUACUUAGUGGUAGAUUGGCGGACGUAUAUGGUCGAAAAUUGUUAUUAAUGAUUGGGAUGGUAUGGCUAGCGGUAUGGAGCACAGUGGGAGGGUUUAUGCAAAAUGGCACGGGAAUAGUAGUGUCGAGAGCUUUGGCAGGAUGUGGAGCUGCAUUGGCAACACCAAGCGCUACUGGUAUUAUCGCUCAUCUAUAUACGGGCAGGGCAAGGCAACUUGCCUUUACAUGUUUUGGAGCAGGGGCUGCUCUGGGAGGUGCAUUAGGUUUGAUAGUUGGCGGAAUCUUUGUUUCUUUUGUCAAACAUUCAUGGAGAUCAGCGCUAUGGUUUGUUGGUGGUCUGAGUUUCGCUGCUAGUGCAGCAGCAUGGCUGGUCAUUCCUUGGGAUAAAUCCCAUACAGAGAACAAAAAAAUAGAUUGGCCAGGUGCAAUGUUGAUCACAUGUGGUUUGAUCUUACUUCAAUAUGUUGUCAGUGCGGGUGAAUCAGCGCCUCAGGGAUGGAAGACGAGCUAUAUAAUCGCUUUCAUCAUCUUAGGAGUUUUCAUAGUAGCAGCGUUCUUCUUUUGGGAGAAGAGAUUACAAGACAGGGAUUCCAAGCCACCUUUGAUGAGAUUACAAUUAUGGACAAGAUCCAAUGGUAAAUUAUCAGCGGUCUAUUUCAUCGGAUUCUCAGCUUGGAUGUCAUUCACUUCGUACUUAUACUGGGUCACCUUACUUUUCCAAGAAGUACAAGGGACAGGAGCAGUAGGAGCGAUGUUACGGUUCUUACCGUCCGAAAUAUCAGGUGUCAUCUGCAAUGUCCUAGUGGGACUAUUGAUCCACCGUCUACCUGCCCAAUGGAUAGUCUGUUUCGGUCUAUUUGCUUGCGGUUUGGCCGGUAUGUUCUUCGCUAUAUCCGGGAAGGAUACCAAUUACUGGACGUUCCCUUUUCAAGGAAUGUGGUUGUCAGCUGCUGGGGCAGAUCUAGUGUUUGCCCCAGCGAUUAUAUUCGUCUCUCUACUUUCAUUACCUGACGAACAUUCCGUGGCUGGUGCAUUGCUCAUGACAGUCAUGAGAUUAGGCGGGUCAUUUGGGUUGGCAUUCACAUCUGUCAUAGCUGAUGUGGAGCGACAAAAAGCAUAUAGUAGAGGUGCAGAAAGGAUUGCUGGGUACCUGAAAGGGUUACAGGCCGCUUUUUGGCUAGGUGCGGCGGUAGCUUGGGCAGGCAUGAUCGUUGGUCUGAUGGCACUUCGGGGUUUGGGCGUGUUGGGCAAAUCGACCGAGAAGAAGGAAGGAGACGGACAAGGAGAAGUUGACGUGAAGGGUAAGGGCUCGGAUGCGGAAAGGGGUAAUGAGAUUCAGUUGCAAGAUCUGCCUCGCCACAAGAAUAAAGAUGGCAGCGGAAAUGAAUUAGUUUGA